AUGUCUUCCGUCCUCGCCAAGCUCUCCGUAGCAGCAACUUUACUACUCACCUCCAUCCUCCAACCCACGUCAGCAAACCCUCUUCCCCAACAAUCCCUCGAAAAACGCGGCUGCUACGGUGGCUUCCCCUUCAACCAUCUCCAUGGCGGAUACCACCACGACCUGACCUCCGAAGUCCUCUCCGACAUCACCUCCACCUGCCUCGCCGCCGCAGGCAAAACCAUCUCCUCCUCAUCGCCUUUCUGGCGCUGCACGAACUGGCAAGAAACCAAUUCCUGGAAAGAGACCUGUUUCUCCGACUGCGAGGACGGAUGCGCCGCACUGCCUAAAGACUACGGCGCCGCACUUUGUGGCUUGGGCUGUGAUCCCAACUGCGACACAGGCCCCACUUAUGGGUAUAACCGUAUUGAUUGGGCGAUUGAGAUGAGGGAUGGAGGGGCGGACAAGGUUAUUGAUUUUGAGACUUGUGUUGAUGCUUUCAAGACUGAGUUGGGUGGUUGUCAGAGUGGGAGUGAGCAGUAUCAUGAUGGGUUCUGGUUCCGCAUUGAUCCUGCGCAGGGAGGGUGUUGAGUUUGGAGUAGAUGUUGCUCUUGGGUUGAGGACAGGAAUGGGGGAUGAGAGAGUAUGUGUUUACUCGUUCUGGGGUUUCUUCUUUGAUGUGCUGUCAUUGUGUUUCGUAUAUAGGCUGUCGUCGCUUACUGCCUCCAG